AUGGCAAGUUCCAGUUCCGGUGAGAGCAGCUCCUCUGCAUCUCAAUUGUUAUCGGUGUUGAUUCCGACUUUCAUAAUCAGUGUCAUUUUUACGCUGAUUUUUCUCCUUCUUCGUAAGUCAGAGAGGAGAGUUUAUGAGCCGAGGUCUUCUGUGGAAACUGUCUCGAAAGACUUGAGACCUGAUGAGAGUCCUAAAGGUUUGUUUGCUUGGGCUACUCAUUUGAUCAAGAAACCUACUCCGUACCUUGUACAACAAUUGGGCGCAGAUGGUUACUUCUUCCUUCGCUUUUUGUUUGAGUUCGCAUUCAUUUGCUUUUUGGGAUGUAUUUUACUUUGGCCAAUUCUUUUCCCAGUCAACAUUACAAACGGAAAUCAUAAGAAGCAAUUAGACAUGUUGACUUUCGGUAAUGUUAGAGAUAAAAACAGAUAUUUUGCUCACGUUUUUUUGUCGUGGAUAUUUUUUGGUGCGGUCAUUUUUGUCAUUUACCGUGAACUAGUUCACUACACAACUUUCAGGCAUGCUUUACAAACAACGCCAAUGUAUGAUUCCUUGUUGUCCUCUAGGACCAUGCUUCUUACCGAAAUCCCUGAGGCUGCUUUACUGGAGAAUGAAUUGCGGGCAUACUUCCCGACUGCAACCAAUAUUUGGUAUGCUCGUGAUUACAAGGAGCUUACUGAAUUAGUGGAUGAGAGGACGAAACUCUCAAAAAAGUAUGAAGGCGCUUUGAAUAGUGUUCUCUGCAAAGCAGUACAAUUAAGGCAAAAGCUUCAAAAGAAAGGUAAGCCUCUUCCAGAACCAGUUGAUGAUCUUAACAAAUACCUAAAAGACGGUAAGAAACGGCCCACACACCGCCUCAAAUUCCUCAUUGGAGAAAAGGUUGAUACCUUGAAUUACGGUGCAGAGCGUUUAGGUGAGUUGAAUAAAUCUAUUAAGAAGGGUCAGGCGGAGCAUAAUGUUAAUCCUCAAAUUCCAUCAGUCUUUAUUGAAUUUCCUUCGCAAUUGGAAUUGCAAAGGGCUUAUCAAGCAAUCCCGUUUAAUAAGGAUUUCAAGAGAACCAAAAGAUUCACAGGAAUUGCGCCAGACGACGUGAUUUGGUCUAAUCUUGCGUUGACCAGAAAUAAGCGUUACUUGAAGAAAACUAUUGCCUCUACGGUGUUGACAUUAACGAUAAUAUUUUGGUGCAUACCGGUUGCUGUGGUAGGUGCUAUCUCCAAUAUAAACUUUUUGACUGAAAAACUCCCUUGGCUUGACUUCAUCAACAACAUGCCGUCGCAAUUGAUGGGUAUCAUCACAUCCCUUCUUCCGGUUGUCGCUUUAGCAAUUUUGAUGUCUUUGAUACCACCCUUCAUAAAAAAGAUGGGAAAGGUUGCCGGAUGCAUCACUGUGCAACAAGUAAAUUCUUAUUGUCAGAAUUGGUUCUUUGCAUUUCAGGUUGUCAAUACCUUCUUGGCGUGCGCUUUGGGAUCUUCUGCAGCAUCAUCUGUCCAAAGUAUUAUAAACAAUCCUUCAUCCGCAAUGACACUAUUGGCCAGCGAGCUCCCCAAGUCCUCCAAUUUUUAUCUUUCCUAUUUGUGUCUUUACGGCCUCGUCUUCUCUUCAAGGGCCUUAGCGAACGUUGUUGGUCUUGCGUUGUCUAAAGUGUUGGGUCGUAUUUUGGACAAGUCCCCCAGAGCCAAGUGGACUCGUUAUACUACGUUGGGAAGACCAGAUUUUUCUGUUCUUUAUCCCUCCUUCCAACUCAUAUGCUUAAUUGCAUUAACUUAUUCUAUUAUUGCUCCUUUGGUAUUGGGGUUCUCGGCGAUAUCCUUUUUCUUGAUAUUCUUCGCAUUUUUGUACACCUUGAUUUACGUGCUUCACCCAGUUCAGACGGACGCAAGAGGGAGAGCAUAUGCAACCGCAUUAUUCCAGUUGUUCGUCGCACUUUAUGUUGCUGAAGUUCUUGUGUUGGCCCUAUUCGUGUUCAGUAAAAAUUGGGCUUGUGUAGCACUUGAAGGUGUUUGGAUUCUUGUAACAGCUACAUGUCAUCAGUUGUUCAAGUGGAAAUUUUUGCCAAUACUUGAGGCUGUUCCUAUCUCCGCCAUCAAGUAUUCUGCGGGAGAUCUGACAUUCCAAUACCCAAUGUAUGAUCAAGGUCUCAAGGAAAUACAAACGGAAGGUAAAAACUAUUGGGAAGGUGGAAAUCAAUUGGGUCUCUCAAAUUCACCAUUAGACCAGGUAUUAGCUGACCCGAAGACUGACGAGUCUGAUGCGUACACUAGGACCGGGACGAAUGAAAAAGACAUUUCGAGUGAGAAGAAGAUCGAACCUACUGUUCCCAGCAACGAUAAAACACGAAAGUCAGUUGGUACUCUCACUAGUUUCUUCAGACCUAAGAUGGAAACCUUUGACAAGGUUAGAGACGAAAUGCCUGCGGCUUACCUCAAUUAUAUUGAGUACAACCCUGACUUUGUGAGAACAGCUUAUAAUGACCCAGUCGUGAUUGACGAAGAACCGCAUAUUUGGAUUCCCAAGGAUGAGAUGGGAUUGUCUGAAAUUGAGAAAAACAAAGCGCUUGAAAACGGUGUGGAUGUUAGUGAUGCAGACGCUGGCUUUGAUGAGAAGGGUAAUGCCGUAUACUAUGGACCACCACCAUCUUAUGAAGAAGCUUUAAAAGUGUAG